CACACCCGCUCGGUGCUUAUCUAACAUUGCGCGCGAAACUUGCAGGCUACGGCGGGCGGGGCUCAAGAGUGCGUCUCCGAGCGCGGAGCCGGGCAUGUGGCAGUUUCAGGCGGAGACUUGCCGCUAUGUCGGAGCAGGCGCCGGGGUCCUGCUCCCUUUCCCCAGUUGUCGAGGCUGAGGCCAACCAGAUCGGCAGCCGGCGCAGCACCCGGGUCCCGGGCCUGGCAGCCUCGGAGGCUGCACCCGCCCCGGCUGAGAGCUCGGGGUCGGUCCCCUGGGCGCACCUGGACGCCCCAGCCCGGCUCCUGCUGCAGGCGCUGCAGGCGGGGCCGGACGGGGCGCGGCGCGGCCUGGGUCUGCUGCGGGCGCUGGGCAGUCGCGGCGGGGAGCCCUUCGGCUGGGGCCACGUCCUCGAGGCGCUGUGCCAGGAGGAGCCCGUCGUGGAGGGCCCGGACUGUCGCCUUGAGCUGAAACCGCUGCUGCUGCGGUUGCCCCGGUUAUGCCAGAGGAACCUGAUGGCCCUGCUGAUGGCCGUUUGGCCGGCGCUGCCUGAAAGCGGACUACUGUCUGUUCUGCGGAUUGCACGGCAAGACCAAAGCCCCAACCCUGACGCCUGGCUCCGGGCCCUGGGGGAAAUGCUUCAAAGGGAUCUGGACGGUGGGGUGUUGACUACGGGAGCAUCCCCACUGUCUAGAAGCUGUCGGGGACAGCUCCAAGGCCUGUGUAGGAGGCUAGGUCCCGGAGACAGGAGGCUGAAAUUGCCCCAGGCUCCAGAUCCCGGAGAGGAAGAAGAGGAGGAGGAGGAGGAGGACCCCCAGCGGCCUGGGAAACGCAGAAAGGGGCCAGAGGAAGACCCUGCUGGGCCUGAGGAGGAGAGGGCCCCCAAAAGGUUCCGAUGUUUGCAAAGGGAAGAAGAAGGUCAUGAGGAGGAGAGAUGCAAGCGUGAAUCUUUGGAAUCCCUGGCAGAUGGAAAAGGUGCAUCGCCCAUUAAGAACCAGCCUGUCGGGGCUGAGCCCAGUGAGACUGAGCCCAGUGUGGCUGGCCAGAGUCUGGAGGAUGCCAAGGGCCUCGCUGAGAAUUUGGAGCUGCCCAAAGCUAUCCAGGACCAGGUUCCCAGGCUGCAGCAGCUGCUCAAGACCUCUGGGGAGGGCUUGGAGGGCGCCCCUCCGGUGGAGCUACAGUUUCUCCACGAAUGCAGUCCGAGCCAGGUGGAGCUGCUGUGUGCGCGGCUGCAGCUCCCACAGCUCUCGGACGCAGCUCUCCUGCAAUUCUGCACCUGGCUUCUGUCCCUCUCCCCAGAUCUUAGCCUCAGCAAUGCCACCAUUCUGACCAAGAGCCUCUUUCUCAGACGGAUUCUGUCUCUGACCUCCUCAGCCUCCCGCCUGCUCAUGACUGCCCUCACCUCCUUCUGUGCCAAGUAUGCCUAUCCUGUCUGCAGAACCCUUCUUGGCCCCGUGCUCCAGACCCCAGGAACUGGUCCAGCUCAAACAGAGUUACUCUGCUGCCUUAUGAAGGACGAGGCCCUGGAGCCAGACACACAGGUUCUAAUGCUGGGACAGAUCUUGGAGCUGCCCUGGAAAGAGGAGGUGUUCCUGGUGUUGCAGUCACUCCUGGAACGGCAGGUGGAGAUGACCCCUGAGAAGUUCAGUGUGUUGAUGGAGAAGCUCUGCAAAGAGGGGUCAGUGGCCGCCACGUCCGUGGCCUAUGCCAAGCUCAUGCUGACAGUGCUGACCAAGUACCAGGCGGAUAUCACUGAGGUCCAGAGGCUGGGCCUGGCCACAGCCCUAGAGCUCAACACCACUUUCCUGAGGAAGUCUCUGCAAGCCGCCCUGAGACGUCUGGCUCCCUGACCAUCCGCCAAGGGCCCGUACUGCUGGGGCUCCCUCACCAGCUUCCUGAAGGAUGCAUCUGCCCUCAGUACCUCUCCCUGACCCCUUGCCUGGAGGGAAAGGCCGAGCCUGGUGAUCUUGGCCUUCCAGCCAGCAGGCAGGGUCCUGGGCUAGGGGGGUUGGAUGGGCUCACUCCUUGUCGCUUUUCCUUCAGGUUGCAGGAACAGAAACUUUCUGAUAGCCCUCAGAGUCAAAGCAGACCCAGAAUAGAUGAAUGAUGCUUCAGGAGCCCUGGGAUGACCGGUGUGCUCAGCACAAAUAUCUUAUGCUCAAGUGUAUGUUACGACCCUCUGUAUUCUUUGUGACUUGGAUAAUAAUUUAUUAAAAAGCAGAUAUUUAAUCAAAAGCA